AUGGAGCAUGGGGCAGCUGCUAGCUUGGGAAGAUAUUUCAGUCGUCAACUUAAGGAAAAUCCUUCAUAUUAUUUUGCUACUCAAUUGGACUGUGAAGAGUUGAUUACUAAUAUCUUUUGGGCCGAUGCAAGAAUGAUCAUUGACUAUAGCCACUUCGGUGAUGUAAUAACAUUUGAUACAACGUAUAGCACAAAUAGAGAUGCAAGGCCACUUGGAGUAUUUUUGGGUCUCAAUCACCAUAGAGAAACUGUUGUAUUUGGAGGUGCACUUUUAUAUGAUGAAACGAUUGAAUCUUUUGUAUGGUUAUUUGAGACCUUCUUAGAAGCAAUGUCAAAAAAGAAGCCAAUCACUAUUUUCAUAGAUCAAGAUGUAGCAAUGUCAGCUGCAAUAAAAGUAGUCAUGCCUGAGACAUAUCAUACAUUGUGUAGUUGGCAUAUGUGGCAAAAUGUUGAGAAACACUUGGGUCAUUUACUAAAAACUGAGCCUCAAUUUAACGCUGAUUUCUUAGCAUGUAUCUAUGAGUAUGACGGUGAAGAUGAGUUUCUUACAGCUUGGAAUGAAAUGCUAGAUAAGUACAAUGUUCGUGAAAAUAAAUGGCUAAUUGAUCUAUUUAAAUUGAAGGAAAAAUGGGCCCAAGCAUAUGUUAAGAGAACUUUCACUACAGGAAUGAAGACAACCCAGCUUAGUGAGAGUUUCAAUGCUGACUUGAAGGAUUGCUUGCAUACUGAUCUCAAUAUAGUAGAGUUUUUCACUCAUUUUGAAACAAUUGUCAAUCAAAAGCGGGAUAAGGAGUUAGAAGCAGAAUACAACUCUAGACAGAAAUUUCCAAGAUUAAAGCUCAAAAGCUCUCCUAUGCUUAACCAAGUAGCAACAGUGUACAUGCCUAAGUUGUUUGAUUUAUUUCAGACAGAAGUUGAAGAGGUAAUGGCACUAUCCAUCCUUGAACGCAAUGUGAGUCAAACACAUAGUUAUGUGGUUGGAGUUUUCAAUCAAAAUGGAAAAUAUGAGGUCAUGUGGAAUCCAUUAGAUGAGACUCUAUCUUGUAGUUGCAGAAAGUUUGAGUCAUUUGGUAUUUUAUGUAGGCAUGGUUUGAAAGUUCUUGAUGUAUUGGAUAUCAAGUUGAUUCCUAAUAGAUAUAUUAUGAAGAGGUGGAGAAGAGAUGUAAAAGAUGGAAGCGGAAAAAAUUGCACAACACAUAACAUUAAGCCGGAUACUUGA